AUGCCUCCACGUCGUAGUACGCCGCGCAAGGGCCGCGGUGAAAGCGCGAGUCAUCCGUCGCCUGCUGCAGAGUCGAUCGCAUCCGACUCACCGGCUAUCACUCCUCGAAGGACGACCAGGUCGCGUCGUGCGACGGCCAAGACCGACUCUCCGGCCACAUCGACGCCUGCCAAGUCGCCGUCCAAGUCACCAUCCAAGUCGCCGUCCAAGUCGCGCACGAGCAAGGCUGCCGCUACCAAGAUGCAAGAGCCCUCUUCAGAGCGUGUACAUGAGCUCCCGAAGCGUACAAACCCGCGACUACAAGAAGUCAAGUCUCGUCAGGUCAAGCUCCAGGUCAUUCGUCGCGAGGACAAGGAAAUUAUUAUUGGCCGUAUCAAGCUGCCUACUGUGAACGGUGCGGAGCAUGGCUUUCUUCUGAAGCGCUUCGACACGAAUGCGAUUGCUGGCUCGUCCAUGUUUCGCCUCGCGUUCCCCUAUGCCGAUGCUGAAGAGGAAAGCGUGGAGAUGACGUACCUCGAGUCGCGUUUCGACACGGAGGCGGCCAAUGGCGGCUUUGUGGCUGCGUCCCGCUCGAGUUCCCCGCGGAAAACAGAUACACCGUCGAAGAAGACGGGCACGAUGCCGCCUGGGUCGACGGGUGUUCGUCUCCAGGGUGUGUGGAUUCCAUGCCAGCAUGCUUCGUCCAUUGCUAAUGACUAUGGCAUACUUGAAUUGGCACAGCCAUUGAUUGAAGCCACAGCGUUGCUGCUGCCGAAUAGCAACACACCUAUCCUCAACCCCGAUGCUGCGACCGUGGCUUCGGCUGCUCAUGCGCUUGAAAAGUCCGAAGAAGCAGAGAGCGAGUCGACGGAAGGAGCACAGUCUGAGGAAACGAAUAGUCGCCUGACAAAGCGUGUGCGCACAGCAGAGGUGCCAUCUGCGCCGACCAAGACUGAGGAAUCGUCGACGCCUUCGCAACGCACAACACGUCGAUCCGCACUUUCUUCUUCAGCUGCGCUCUCUCGUUCAGAGCUCUCCAACUCACUGACACCUGCUCAGAUCGAUGCGCAAAUUCGGGAGUCGCAGCUCCUGGCAGCCAAGGUGCAAGACGAGGCCAUGCAGGACUCCAACAUUCGCUCGCGUGCCAACAAGCGCCGGGCCGAAGACGAUCACGAUGGAAGCAACGUACAGGUGGCUUCACAGGAGUCCAGCGGACGCCGCCGCCGCCCCCUCGCGCGCGCGGCGGGAAUGCUGACAGCUGCAGGGGCGAUGGGCAUUGGUGCCAUGGCGUGGUACACGGGCUCCAUUAAUUUCACCGCUAAUAUGCCACAAGUUGUGCAGCAGCUCCAAAAUGUGGACUAUGCCAGCGCAUUGCACACCAUCCAACAAAACAUACAUAACUGGGGCAUAUCCUCGUGGUUUGGCUAG